AGAGAAUCGGGAUUCUGCUGAAGGGCAAGCGACACUCAGACAUGGCAAUUACUUCUCAUAAGAAUGUCUCGGUAAGUCCUGACUUUUUGGAUUCCUUCGUCUGCAGCAGCUACGUGCAUGCACCAGUGCCAGCCUUGGAGCCAGAAAGCCAGCCUCAGCUUGGCUGUCGCCGCCGUCCAUGAAUCUCUACUUACCUCUCUCCUGUGUACAGGACUCUCACAUUGCUGACACCAAACUGUCGAAGUUACCUUCGAUCAGUUCUCACUCCCUUCGUCCUACUCCACACGGAUGUAGCUCGAUUUAUAGUCCAAAUAGCGGACAAAUCUCGAGCAAUGAGACCAGUUCACCGCCCAAGCCUGACGAAGCGAAGAUUGAACGUGUGAAAAUGCUCGGACAGGAGGAUUUCCAUACCUUAUACUCAGGUGCACCACACUUCACAGUUGGUAGAUGGUACACCAGGCCACUGCCUCAAGUCACCUUCCCAUGGAACAAAGGGGUUCAGGUGCAGGACCUCCGAGACUGUACUCCACCAGCGCAUGCUGCAUUCUCACUCGCGACAUCACGUCGACAUACACACAAGAUGGAUACCGAAGAUGAGGAAGACAAGGUACAUAUUGGGUACGAGAUCAGCAUCGAGGAGGUACCCAGCAUGCUCAGUGUCACUGGUCUUGAACCUGGCACCAUUGGCUACGAACAUUUUCUGGAAAUUCCUAUAUCGGACAACUAUGUCGAUAUUGAUGAGUACAAGGCUUCUGGUGGUCUGUCUGAAGCAAAAAGAAAUAUUGAGCUACUGCUACACAACCCUGAACGCCUCGGGAUCCGGAGUAUGCAAUCUCAGGACAUCAACGAGCGACUCAUCGAACUAAGUGAAAUGUAUCAAACAUUAAAGGCUAAAGGGGGAAAUGCAACUAUUCUCGACGAGCAAACUCCAGCCACUCUGUACACUGUCCUGUUUGGAAAGUUUUUGACUCCGCCGCGAUACGACCCAAACACAAGAGAUCCAACAGGCUUAAAAGUCCAAAUCGAAACGUUGAUUAAGGUUCUGAAACUUAAAGGAGUGUGGUUCGACUUUAGUCUAGUAGAAUGGCGUAUCAAGCUUGGGCAAUUGAUUUGGGCUAGUGGUAAUGCUCAAGGUUCAACAGAAGAUGUCAACUCCACAGACAAAGCGCAUGAAUGGACGGAUAGAGACACUUUCGUUCUUCAGCUAUCGCUGGCGUGUGAGCUCCUACUUCGGCUUGAUGCCGUCAGUGCUAUGAGUUCGCCGGAGGUCGUGCAGAAGAUGGCGCUUACACAGGCAGAAGUCGAAAGUUUCACAAAGAUCAAGACUCGCAAAACAGACUGGGAUCUCCUCCUAGCGAGAAGGUUCCUAGACGAUAUCCAUGUGAUGCUAGAAAUGCCGCAACUACCAGUAUCACCCAAAAAGCGCGGCUUCUUCUCCGCAAUUUCUUCUGAACCCGAAUCGCCUCAAGCAGAACAAAGGCCAAUACUUGUGUUUGCCCCAAGGCAUCCGUCAAGGCAAUUUUCGGGCCUCUUGUUCUUUGCGAAUCAAUUGCUUUGGCCGAAUAUGGACCAUAUCUCGUCGGAUUUAUCUCGUAAACUUGGUUUGCCUAAGCAAGACGAGCACGCAAAAGUGGGUGACCCGCGUAAGGCGGUUAAUCCAGUAAUAGCAACCUUAGGAACAUCUUCAUCGAGCAUAUACAGUACUCCCGUCGCUACUCCGCGAGCUCUGUUGAACAAUCGCAAUAGCUAUUUCAACAUCGCACCCGUCCGUCCUUCCCUUAGCCGAGGAAAUUCAGCAUUGUCCAUCCAAUUGAGACCAUCGAACCAAACAGACGAGGCUCUAGGCAACCCAAUCGAUAUUGGUGGUUGGCUGUCUCGCGCUUACCUGACGGGCUUCGUUCUUCCUGGAGAAGCUUUGCCACACUUGCUGAUUAGCACUCUACUAGAGAAUGACUCAUCUGCCAUUACAGCUCUUGGCGAUGCUGCUAACCUGUAUGGCGCCUUCAUAUACGCCGGCAGUAGUUGGUGGAGUAAGAGCUGCGUAGCUGGCCGCGUCCUUGCGGCAGCCGAAGGGUCCAAGGAAUGUAUGGGUUGGAUCAGAGCAUUGAUCGUCCCUGAGGGUUUCGAAGAUCGCUGGCUUGAUAUCACCUUCAAAGACGUUGAUGUGCCAGAUCGCCUUGGAGAUGCCGUACAGAAAAGCGGGGGAUUCAUCAAGAAUGGAGAUAUCAAGGACGCUCAUUCGGACGACUUCACACUACCUUUAGACGAUGAUGCAAAUUCGGCAUAUCGUGGGGCCAUCAAGUUCCUUGAACUGAGACUAGAGACCGCGACGGAGAUGCAAAAUUCACUUCACGCAUCCUCAAAUCCACAACAUCCUGCUGUACCCUCCGCUGAUCAUUAUGAAGCCAAAGAGUAUGGCGUUUCUCUUCGAUUUUCCUUUACACCGGCAGAGGUUUACGACACAGCAUCUGUCAGUACUCCUGAUUCAGACAUCAAUCACGAUCUCGACGACCGUGAUGCCUCACCACCAAUCCCGCACACCAUGGAAUUCACCGUAUACAUCACGUUCGAUGUUCACUUUAUCUCAGCCUUUCCUUGCAUACCGCCUUCCGCUUCGAAGAUUUCUGUACUCUUACCAAAUUCUACGCCUCCGCCCUCCAAAAUUAAAGGACAAAUACACGCGCAUCCUCUACACUCCAGCCACUCUUUCCAGAUUGUUCCCGCCUCGGCUCUAUACCACAAUAACCCUGUCCCGAAAGACGAUAUUCUCGUGGUCCAAUGUCAGAGCUCAGACGAGCAAGUUUUAUCAAGAGCGUGGUGUGCCCAGACUGGACAUCACGCCUUGAUCUCUAGGCAGGGUCGUACUUGUCUAAGCUGUGCAAUCAGAGAAGCUGGAGCGUUGGGUGUGAAGGUUGUUAUUAGGAUGAUCAAAGCAUGAUGAAAACACAACCUACGACGCGCCGAAUUGCAAGGACCAAAAAUUUGUAACGAAAUUAUGACUUACCUUAUGUGCAACACGGAUACGACUUUUAUGAUAUCGAUGACUCCCCAGCGAGGUAUAUGGCUAUUGCAUGGUUCACUUGGCUUAGAAUGUUACUCCAUGAGAUACCCAGAUACAGGAUACGGUGUGCCCCGUGCUAGGCGCACGGUGGCCAGGCUCGGGCGUUUGGUUAUUUUGGUUUUGAUGGGAUUUUGAGUCAUGACAACUCAUUCAGCGUUACUGUACUGUAUUGAAAAU